CGAAGUCCGCCUCUGUCAGCGAACAACAAAAUCGCCGCUGUGUUACACUCCAAAACCAGCUCCAUGAAUCUCAAAACUUGAAUAUAUCUCUCCGUCUUGAUUGGAUUGAUUUUCCAAAGACGAUGAUACAAUGGACGGCAUUGCCUACUCCAUUAUUCCGUUCCUCAGGUCAGUCAAUUUCUCUUUUAUUCUCCUUUAUCAAAUCUUUCCCAUUUUCCAUCACUUCUUCAAUCCCAGUAGAAUCUCAAGAACCCUCUUCCUCCAUUGACCAACAACUCCUCAAUCUCCUUUCAAAUCCAAAUUGGCAAAAACACCCUUCCCUCAAGAUUCUUAUUCCUUCUCUAUCCCCAUCUCUUCUUUCUUCUUUCCUCUCUCAAAACCACUCAAAUCUUAAUCCCCAUAUUGCUCUCUCCUUUUUCAAUUUUCUUUCCCGUAUCCCUUCUUUCAAACCCAAUGUUCAUUCCUAUGCACCCCUUUUACGUAUUUUAAUUUCCAAUAAGCUUUUUCAGGUUGCUCAAAAAACCCGCCUUUCCAUGAUUAAAUCCUGUGAAACGCGUGACGAAGCCGUUUUUGCAGUGGGUUUUCUGCGAAAUAUGAAUAGAUGUGAUGAGUUUAAGCUUAAUUUGUGGGCUUAUAACACGUUGUUAAUGUCCUUAUCGCGGUUCGUUAUGACUGAGGAAAUGAAAUGUGUGUAUGAUGACAUGUUGAAUGAUAUGAUUAAGCCUGAUAUUUAUACUUUUAAUACAAUGAUUAAUGCUUAUUGUAAAUUGGGUAAUGUUGUUGAGGCUGAGCUUUAUGUGAGUAAGAUCUUGCAAGCUGGUUUGAGUCCCGAUACGCACACCUAUACGUCGUUUAUAUUGGGACAUUGUAGGAGAAAGGAUGUAGAUAGUGGUUUUAAGGUUUUUAGGGAAAUGCCGAAAAAGGGUUGCCGAAGAAAUGUGGUUUCGUACAAUAAUUUGAUUCACGGGUUGUGUGAAGCGAGGAGGAUGGAUGAGGCGAUGAGGUUGUUUUCAGGAAUGGGAGAUGAUGAUGGUUGUUGUCCUAAUGUUCGGACCUAUACGAUUCUUAUUGAUGCGUUGUGUCGAUUGGAUAGGAGGGCAGAAGCAUUGAGUUUGUUUGGCGAGAUGAAGGAGAAAGGCUGUGAGCCGAAUGUUCAUACUUACACUGUUCUCAUCGAUGGCUUGUGUAAAGACUCCAAGCUUGAUGAAGCAAGAGCGUUACUAGAUGUGAUGUCAGAAAAGGGGCUAGUUCCAAGUGUAGUGACAUACAAUGCUUUGAUUGAUGGUUACUGUAAGAAAGGUUUGGUUGAUGUUGCAUUAGCUAUUUUUGACACGAUGGAAUCGAAUAAUUGUAUCCCUAAUGUACGUACAUACAAUGAAUUGAUUUCUGGCUUUUGUAGGACAAAGAAGGUGCAUAAGGCAAUGGCACUACUUGAUAGGAUGCUUGAGCGCAAACUGUCUCCUAGUAAUGUCACUUUUAACUUGUUAGUUCAUGGACAGUGUAAAGAGGGCGAAAUAGAUAGUGCAUUUAGGUUGCUUAGAUUGAUGGAGGAGAAUGGUUUGGCUCCUGAUGAUUGGACUUAUGGUACUCUAGUUGAUGGCUUGUGUGAAAGAGGCAGAGUUGAAGAAGCUAACACCAUUAUUAGUUCUCUAAAAGAGAAGGGUAUAAAGGUUAAUGUUGCAAUGUACACUGCUCUAAUUGAUGGACAUUGCCGAGCUGAAAAAGUUGUUUUUGCCUUGGCAUUGUUCAAUAAAAUGAUUGAGGAAGGUUGCUCCCCAAAUGCAUGUACUUAUAAUGUGCUGAUUAACGGGUUGUGUAAACAGGGUAAGCAGCUGGAAGCAGCCCAAUUACUUAAAAGGAUGCCAGAAAGUGGUGUUAAACCCACAAUUGAAUCCUACAGUAUCCUGAUUGAGCAGCUACUAAAAGAAUGUGCCUUUGAUCAUGCUUACAAGGUUUUUAAUUUAAUGGUUUCCAUGGGACACAAGCCUGAUGUCUGCAUUUACACUUCGUUUCUGGUUGCAUAUUACAAUGAAGGGAAAUUGAAAGAAGCGGAAGAUGUGAUGGCUAAAAUGGCAGAGGCGGGAGUUAGGCCAGAUUUGAUGGCCUAUACAGUACUGAUUGAUGGCUAUGGUCGUUCAGGAUUAUUAAAUCGAGCCUUUGAUGUGCUAAAAUGUAUGUUUGAUGCUGGAUAUGAACCUUCUCAUUAUACCUAUUCCGUUUUGAUCAAACAUUUGGCGCAAGGAGGACUUGAUCUCAAAACAGAGGCCAGUUCCAUCAAUAUUGCUGACGUGUGGAAAGUAGUGAAAUAUGAAACUUUGCUUAAUCUCUUUGAUAAAAUGGGGGAACAUGGAUGUCCUCCAAAUACAAACACUUUUAGUUCGCUUGCUAUUGGAUUCUGUAGAGAAGGACGCCUUGAGGAAGCUUCGAGGUUACUUGAUCGUAUGCAGAGUUGCGGAAUGUCUUCUUGUGAAGAUAUAUACACCUCAAUGGUAAAUUGUUGUUGCAAGUUGAGAAUGUACGAGGAUGCAGCAAGAUUUCUUGACACUAUGCUUACACAAGGUAUUUUACCGCGCUUAGAGUCAUACAAGCUCCUUAUAUGUGGAUUAUAUGAUGAUGGAAACAAUGAUAAAGCUAAGGCAACCUUCUUCCGGCUUCUUGAUUGUGGGUACAAUAAUGAUGAGGUAGCUUGGAAGCUUCUAAUUGAUGGCUUACUUAAGAGGGGACUUGUAGAUAGAUGUUCUGAGUUGUUGGAGAUUAUGGAGAAAAAUGGUUCUCGGCUUAGUUCCCAGACAUACACAUUGCUGCUAGAGGGACUUGAUAGAACAGACAACAAAUAAAGUAUGAAAUUCCUACUAUUUGUGAUUCUGUUGCAUAUGUUUGUGCAGUCAAGGAUGUCCACAACUAGAUCUGCAUGUGCACCUUGAUACCCUGUUGCUUGAAUAAAGGUCUCUCAUUUCCGUUCCUGUGGGCUAUUCUUUUUAAAGGGGAAUCUGCCUUCCAUGAGGUCAGUUCGGAGUCGUCAUGUGGUAUAUGCAGUGACUUCUGACAGUGGAAGGUGGAUAAAAUGGUGCACACUUGAUGUCUCACUUUCUGGUGCUAAAGGAGUGCCACCACUUGAUGUGCCGGAGUUGAUGGCAUAUUUAGUUGCACAGUCGAGCCCAUUUUUGGAUCAAAUUGGAAUAAGAAGAGAUAUAUCAGAAAAGAUUCUGGAAAGUCCGUGCAGCAAAGGACGAAGCAAACUUUUGCUACAUUCCUUACCCGAAGGAGGGUCCUCACUGAUUAAGUUACAAGGUCUUCAUAAAUCCUUGCAUCGGUGAGGUGCUCUGCACUGCCACGGCUGAGGCUCUUGCAAUGGGAAAAUUUGUAGUCUGUGCGAACCACCAAUCGAAUGAAUUUUUCCAGGCAUUUAACUUGCAGGACACCUGAAGACUUUGUAGCAAAGUUAAAGAGGCAAUGUAUGGAGAACCUCAGUCUCUCACUCCCGAGGAGCAAUAUAAGCUUUCAUGGGAAGCUGCUACCCCGAGGUUCAUUGGAAUAUUCUGAUCUCAAUAAGGUUUUGAGUGGCAAAAUGAGUAUGGGCAGGAGACAUCAAGAAGGGCAUAGGGAAAUCAACUUCUAUGCCAAACCUAGACGAGAUGGUUGAUGGGGGUCUGGCGUCUGCCCACAAUUAUCUCACAGGGAACGAGUUCCUGAGGUUGUGUACUGGUGUAAUACCUAAAUGCCAGGAUUAUGACAAACAGCAUUGCAAAGAUCUGCAUGUCUUGCCUCAGGUAGAAAACCCAACAUAUGGCUGGUAGAUAGGUACAUAAUUGACGUGUAUGUCAUUGUUUUCUAAUAUGUAUAAUAGGGGUGUUGUGCGAAUUGGAGCUUCUUAGAUUGUAUUCUAAAGGUCUAGGUAAAUGUUCGUGAUGCUUUCUAGCUAUUGAUGCGGUUAAACCUGCAGAGAAAUUAAUAGGAUCAUCAUACGUACAGUUUGUAACUUGUAAGAGCUGUACCUCUUGUGUCACUCUUUAGCUAUAAUGCUUGAGAGAAGAGGAAGCUGAAGAAGAAGUAGCUGCUCAUUGAUGAAUUUUUUUUAGAGGUGUUGCUCAUUUAUGAUCCUCGUUCUUUUUCCCUUGUUUUUCUACUCUAUUGGAGCUUACGUUCUAAAUAAUUGAAGGAUGUGUGUUAUUUUUACACAAAUAGCAUGCGA